CUGCAAGAGCACCCCGUGAGUGGCCCAUCACAGCCAUCCAGCCUCAGUUCUUGGCCUUUUUGUGGCUCAGACUCUGGUCCCAUCACCUCCACUUGGGAACUCAGAGCAUCCUCUUUCUCCCUCCUUCUGGGGUGGCAGUGGCAGCCCGGCUGCCUCUGUCUCUUUAAGAGAGAGAGAGAGAAAGAACGAAAUCAGGAAGUGUGAGAGGGCUGAGCGCCGGCGGGAGUGCGCUGAGUGCUGAGUGUCCGGCUGGCCGCUGGGAGGCAGAGAGGAAACCCUCGGCUCCCAGCUCUCCCAGUUCCCGGGGUGGCACACAGCCACUUCAGCUCGCCCAGUCUUCGGGUCCCCGGGGCCCGUGGCCACCAGGAUGCUAUGGGCACUGCCCAUGAAUGACAGCAAGCCCUGAAAGCUCUGGGGGUGCCACCCAGUCCCACAAGCCUGCAUGCCCCACAGCCGAGAUGGGCUCAGCUCCUGGACUUGCCGCAGACAGAGAGCAUAACACACACUUGUCAGAGAGAGUCUUUGCCUGAUCCCGGGCUGCUUGGAGUGAGAGGCAGAAGGUGGCCGGCCAGCCGGGGGCAGGAGAUGCAGAGCACCAUCAAUUACCUGUGGCACACGGACGACCUGCUGGGGCAGGGGGCCACCGCCAGUGUGUACAAGGCCCGAAACAAGAAAUCCGGGGAGCUGGUUGCUGUGAAGGUCUUCAACACCGCCAGCUACCUGCGACCCCGCGAGGUGCAGGUGAGGGAGUUUGAGGUCCUGCGGAAGCUGAACCACCAGAACAUCGUCAAGCUCUUUGCAGUGGAGGAGACGGGGGGCAGCCGGCAGAAGGUACUGGUGAUGGAAUACUGCUCCAGUGGGAGCCUGCUGAGCGUGCUCGAGAGCCCUGAGAACGCCUUCGGGCUGCCUGAGGAUGAGUUCCUGGUGGUGCUGCGUUGUGUGGUGGCCGGCAUGAACCACCUGCGGGAGAACGGCAUUGUGCACCGCGACAUCAAGCCCGGGAAUAUCAUGCGCCUCCUGGGGGAGGAGGGGCAGAGCAUCUACAAGCUCACAGACUUCGGGGCCGCCCGUGAGCUGGAUGACGACGAGAAGUUCGUCUCGGUCUAUGGGACUGAGGAGUACCUGCACCCUGACAUGUAUGAGCGGGCGGUGCUUCGCAAGCCCCAGCAGAAGACAUUCGGGGUGACUGUGGAUCUCUGGAGCAUUGGGGUGACCCUGUACCAUGCAGCCACCGGCAGCCUGCCCUUUGUCCCCUUUGGUGGGCCACGGCGCAACAAGGAGAUCAUGUACCGGAUCACCACAGAGAAGCCAGCUGGGGCCAUUGCAGGCACCCAGAGGCGGGAGAAUGGGCCCCUGGAGUGGAGCUACACCCUGCCCAUCACCUGCCAGCUGUCAGUGGGGCUGCAGAGCCAGCUGGUGCCCAUCCUGGCCAACAUCCUGGAGGUGGAGCAGGCCAAGUGCUGGGGCUUCGACCAGUUCUUUGCGGAGACCAGUGACAUCCUGCAGCGAGCCGUUGUCCAUGUCUUCUCCCUGUCCCAGGCAGUCCUGCACCGCAUCUACAUCCACGCCCAUAACACGAUAGCCAUCUUUCUGGAGGCCGUGUAUGAGCAGACCAACGUGGCCCCACAGCACCAGGAGUACCUCUUCGAGGGUCACCUCUGUGUCCUUGAGCCCAACCUCUCAGCACAGCACAUCGCCCACACGACAGCGAGCAGCCCCCUGACCCUGUUCAGCAUGGCCAGUGAGACCCCCAAGGGGCUGGCCUUCAGGGACCCGGCUCUGGACAUCCCCAAGUUCGUCCCCAAAGUGGACCUGCAGGCAGAUUACAAUACGGCCAAGGGCGUGUUGGGAGCCAGCUAUCAGGCCCUGCGGCUGGCGCGGGUCCUGCUGGCUGGGCAGGAACUGAUGCUUCGGGGGCUGCACUGGUUUGUGGAGACUCUCCAGGCCACAUGCAGGCGGACACUGGAGGUCACGAGGAUGGCCCUCCUCUUCCUCAGCAGCAGCCUGGGCACCGAGAGGUUCAGCAGCGUGGCUGGGAUGCCUGAAAUCCAGGAACUGAAGAGGGCCACAGAGCUGCGGUCCCAGCUGCGGACUUUGGCUGGGGUCCUCUCCAGGUGUUCCCACAAUAUCACAGAGACCCAGAUGAGCCUGAGCAGCCUGAGCUCUGAGCUGGUGAAGAACCGGGAUCAGGUACAUGAGGACAGAAGCAUCCAGCAGAUUCAGUGUUGUUUGGACAAGAUGUACCUCAUCUACAAACAGUUCAAGAAAUCCAGGAUGAGGCCAGGGCUUGGCUACAACGAGGAGCAGAUUCACAAGCUGGAUAAGGUGAAUUUUAGCCAUUUAGCCAAAAGGCUCCUGCAGGUGUUCCAGGAGGAGUGUGUGCAGAAGUAUCAGACAUCCCUGGUCACGCACGGCAAGCGGAUGAGGGUGGCGCAUGAGACCAGGAACCACCUGCGCCUGGUGGGCUGCUCCGUGGCGGCCUGUAACACAGAAGCCCAGGGAGCCCAGGAGAGCCUCAGUAAGAUUCUUGACCGCCUAUCUCACCAGCUCCUCCAGGACAGAACGAGGGGGGCUCAGGCCUCACCACCCCCCACAGCUCCCUAUCCCAGCCCUGCACUGAAAGACCUAGUUCUCCACAUGCAGGAGCUCUGCGAGGAGAUGAAGCUGCUGGCCUUUGACCUCCAGGACAACAAUCGCAUCAUCGAAGGGUUAAGUAGGGUCCCAUCGGCUCCUGACGUCUGAGCUCUAUGGCGCGCGCGGGGCAUCCUGAAGCAUUAGAAUCAUUCAAACACUGCUCUCCUGCCUGCACUGUGGGACUCAACACAGGAAGAUAUCUGGUCCCACCUUAUCAGCCUACCUCCCUCCUGGCCGACAGCCAGGAGAUGUCACCAGCAUUACCUUCCACUGCCUUUCUGCAGAGGCGGCACAGCAGGGCGUGCGACACCAGGCCAGCGCUGUCGGGACCCCUGCCGGGCCGACCUGGGGUCUGAUGCAGGCUCAGCUGCAGCUCCUCCGAGG